GAGCGAGUUCUGAAAGCCCAGCCCUUUGGCAGGAGGUGCGCGGAAUGCUGGUGCGAGCGCAGCGUCUCGUCACUGCCGAGGAGUGGUGCGCCUCCAGGGCGCUGCCCUCCACGCCAGUGAACGACUCCUGGGUGCUGGUCUCGAGUCAGCAUGGCAUCGCAUACUGUCAGCUCGAAAAAACUGGGUCGAGCACUAUGCUUACCUUCCUGCUGGAGAUCAACGGACAGCGGACCAAGUUCCGCAGCAACGACGACCUGCACCACACGGCGUCGCGGCUCUUCAAGCAGCUGGGCGACGACAGAGUCCUACUCGCUCACCGGCUCUUCUCCUACGUUCAAGUACGACAUCCUUUCACCCGGUUGGUGUCGUGCUAUUGUGGAAAAGUUCUUGAGAAACGCUUGGCUUUCGUCCUGAUGUUCAGAAAUUUUUCAAGGCUACGCGAUCGCCGAACAGAGGACAUUGUCAAGCUUGAAAUUCCUCAAUACAGAUUUUCAAGAGACGCCCAGGGUAUCUCUUCCUUCACGAUAAUAAGUCCACCUGGAAAAGAAAAUUUCAUGACUAAAUUUACCGAUUUGGAUCUACCAAUGGAUGGAUCAAUGCCAAGUUUCCGCGAAUUUGCCGUCGAAGUGGCGGUCGAAAUUCUGAAAUGUGGAACCAACCAGACAUGUCGGACCGCGGUUCACGCGAGCUAUGGGCGUCAGGUAGACCACUGUGACCCGUGUGAGUGGAGCUUCGACUUCCUUAUGAAGAUAGAAACAAUCGGUGAAGACUUCCCGCUGCUACGAAGGCUCGUUGGGCACCCAAAGCUUCAGGAUUCGGAAGCUGGUCCUACAAUCGAGGCAGCCUCUGAGGAACGCCGCGUGAACGGCCGUAUUGCAGAGUGCAGGAGCACCGAGCACUACCUGCUACAGCUCUCCAGCGUAGAACUCGACCUCGUCUACACUGCUUUUUACGAGGACUUCCAAAUGUUUGGUUAUGAGCCUUUUGUAUUUUGAAUUCUACUAGAGUUGAAUCUAUCAAGAGAAAAUAUGCGAUUUGAUUUAGAAAAUACAUGUUUGAAACUGUUGAAACUUCAUCGCGUCGUAAUUUUAAAACUUUGUUUUUGGAAAUUUUUGCCUGGGUCAAUGACAUACAUUACAAACGGCUUUGGGAUCGGAAAAUCGUUUAACUUUAUGUUUGCAUUUAUGAAAUGCAGCUAAGAUACCAUCGAAUUCGUCAUUUACCCAGCAGCAGCUGUUCUAAUGAAGAAGAAUUAAUAAUUGAAUCCGAAAGAAUAGAACGUGGCAAAAACAGGUGUCUUUAACUAGUAAAAUCACGCAUAAUAAUCAAUUAAUAAUACUACUGUUGAUAUACUUUCUGGUGUAUGCGAAAAGUUACUACUCGACUUGAAAGAGGUGGUGAAUUAUACAAGGAAGUGCAAAGAAAGAAGUCAGUGUAGUCAAUUUAUUAAAAAUGCAUUUUUUAAUUUUUCUAUUUUGAUAAUUGAUGUUUAAGUAACUUAUUAAAUAUGCUCCCACUGCAGAAUAUCUAGGUCACACUUUCAGGAACUGCAUAAGAUAUAUUUAUAUCUGAGCUUUCAACAGCCGGGUAAAUUUGUUGUAAUCAUUUAUAAGAUCGAAUUUUAACUUUUCCAUUUUUACGAAUUUUCGUGGAUAUUCUCCGAUCGGCCAUUCUCUUAUAAUUAUAUGGCUCUCCAAAUUCUACCUGAAAAUAAAACAAAUUAUCCAAUCAAAAAACUCACAGUUACUUUUUCGUUUAAUAUUUCGUCUGUUCGUUUAAUGUGCCUCUGAAAUGUAAAAAAUAUGUUAGGGAAAUUGCAGAAAAUGCGAUAGCAAAUUCGAGGAGGCCAACAAACUUUUCGUGCACUAUUAUUUAACAAAUUAUUACAAACUUUAAUACUAAUUACAAAUUGUACAACAACGUAAAAUAAAUAUGAAUAUGUGAAUUUACGCUUGCCUGCACAUUUCUACUUUUCCGACGAAUUUUCUGAUUUUAUAACAAAGAAACAUAAAUGCAUUUGCAUGACUAGUAACAAUGCAGAGAGUGCUUAUAAUUUUUGAAGGAAAGUAUAUAAUUUUUGUACACCCAAUCCGUAAAUCUAAGACAAAAGAUUGUAACAAAACAUCACAGCAUCUUCAAAAAUGUCGAAAAGCUCAUUUCAUGAGCAUUUCGUUAAAGUUUUCUACAGAAUUAAGCGUCUAGGUUCAAGUACAAAUAUUAUUGAACCAGAGUUUUCAAAUGAAUAUAAACUGUUGUUGCAGUUGCGUAUUUAUUCGCAU